AUUCAAUCGGUCUUUGUUUACCUACCCGCUAAGCUUCUUUGCUUGAUGAGUAUACGAAAUAAGUUCCUUUUUUGAAAAAAUGCACGCCGUAGCUGCUACUCUUGCGCGUGAGGCUGGCACAACUUUGCUGCGGGAGGCUGUGCAGUUGAGUCCAGAGGCUCUGCGCCUCGUUUCUCACGUCGUCACAGAGGGCGACCUACGGGCAGGUGAUCAUAUCUAUACGUACCGUCUCGCUGGCACCUACUCCCAUCAUGGGGUGGUCGUGCGCGGUCCUGUCGAUUCCUCUGGCACCUUAUGGAGAACCGUUUCUACUACUUUACAACCAGAAGUUUCAGUAUUUUGUAUACGAAGGUAACUUUUACAUGUGUGGAUUUGCAUAGUCAACUCCUGCAGAAUGACAUCUGUUCUAGUUCCAGAACGUGGCAUGGAUUCAGUGGGGAAUUACUCUUGUAUGUCAAUUCUAAUAUACGACAAGACCACCACGCUCGUCGUGCAUUUCAGUGGGCACAUAUAUCCACGCCGUAUUAUUGUUUCGACUUUGAAGGAGUUCCUGAGCGAAUCGGCGUACGUGCAUCGCGUCAAAUACGGCGUUUCUCGUGCCGAAGCGACCCUAAAGCGUGCUGGUGUUGCGUUCUGCGAACAAGAGGAGCCACUUUUCGCAACAAUCCUUCGUGCCCUGUCUUUAGUGGAGUUGGUAGAGGAUACCACAAGUCCUAGUCUACUUGGUGAAGGAGUAGCCGAUAAUGGUGAUGAAGAUCAUACUCCUGGAGUAGACGGGUGGUCUAUUUGUAAUAGUAGACGGGUGGUCUAUUACAAACAGCAACGUCCACAAAUCCAAUAUGACCUGCUAUUGCGGAACUGUGAAUUGCUCGCGGCUUGGUGCAAGCUGGGAACGGAACGGAGCAAAUGCGAUUUUCGUACAGAACGCGCUUUUUCUGUACAGACUCAGCCUGGGAGGCUUCUAAGGCUAGCACUCUUGGGAUCCGCGGCCGUCGCUGUCGGUGUCGCUGGUGGUAGUGCUGUUGCUGGAGGCGCAGCAACUGCGGCAGGGGGCGCAGCGACAGCCACAGCAGGCGCAGCGACAGCCACAGCAGGUGCAACAGCUACUAGCACAGCUACGGGCACUGCGGCGGCGGCGUUUUUCGGCUCAGUCGUGGAGCCUGUUCUGCAGACAGCGGGGACCACCUUAGUAGUGGAUCUUGGACGUCGCGCUUUGCAAGCGGCAAAGGAGAGGGUUAUGGCGUCGGCGUUGUCGAUGGAAGAGACGGGAAACGCAGGAGAGGAGGAGGACGCAGGAAGGGUAGGCGCAGAAGUGCAGAACGCAGAAGUUAACGAGACAGUGAACGAGGAAGACAGUCUACUGAAUAAUCAAGGAGUUCUUGUAUUGGGGCAACGACAAGACGGACUCGAAGGCCCUACUGUCCUCGGAGGGAGAAUCUCACAGGAGGAUCAGCCAGAUGCGACUGCAGUGUUACCGCUAGCGCCUCCAGCUGGUUUUUCUUUAACGGAAAACCAGAACGCGUCUGCACAGCACACAGCACAGCCUACGAAAGAGGAGCAGUUGGAGAAGCAGUUAGACAAUAAGACUUCCUGGCCUUGCUUCAAUUUACGGAAGCGAGCGCGUCGUGAAUCUGACGAGCUAGGACGAUUUUCACCAGCAAAGCAACACCAGUCUCGGACCCCGGGACGAAUCUCUUCUAAUAGGGAGAAAGACGCUGAUGCGCCGAAGCCGGAUUUCGGUGCAGAGGGAAGAAUAUCUACACAUACAAAUACAGCUGGUCCUAAUGUCUCACAUGUAGAAAAACAGGGUUCUACCUCACUAGCGGACGUACACCUGACACCGAAAGAUGAAAACUCUUUCUCUUCUCCAUCAAGAAAGAUGGAGCCGCAAAAGCCCCAAAACCCUAGCAGUUCCAUAAAAGCGGCCUCUUCGAGUUGCAUCUCCAUCGAGAGGCCGAGUCAGGCGAUCGUUGCUGACGCCACUAGGGACAGUAGUAUAGUAGCAGCUACCGAGUAUGCGCGCCAGCGUGCAGACGUUCAACAUGAUUAUCUGGCAGGGUGCCGCAACCCACAAGGGGAGUUUCUUGACUUGAUUGAUGCAGCUCUUCGACAGUGCGACAUGCAGAUUCCAUUAGUGCUCAGAGAACAGUUUCUUAACAGUCCAAGCACUAACUCAAACAUGAACUCUAGCACUAGUGCAAGCUCAUCAUCUAGUACCAGAAUGAUGUCCGAGAACUCUCGCUACUCAAACACUCAUUCAAACUCACCACUAUUUGAUCCAACUGUCUUUUGUGAGAUGCUUGUGCAGGCUAUUGAAGCUGGGGAAACAAAGGAAGCUCGGGAGUUAGGAAUAGACUCUCGAAUCUUGAAUAUGCAGAGAUUGAUGCAAGUAAUCUUAGCAGAUUUUCGUAC